AUCACGUUAAAAUCAUGGGACUUGGGAACUUUGAAGUCUGAAAUCAACCCUUCAGACGGACCAGAAGAUUGAAUCUCCUUAUGGUCAGUUCCACAUCAAUUAAAAUGGGAUGGAAUGAACCCAGAGCAAGGCAAUUUACGUGAUUUGAGUAAUCCCACGCAUGGCCGCAAGAACGCAAGAUUGUGCGCGUCCUGCUUUCCGUUGACAGUCUCACCGGCGGCGCCUCACCCAUCAUGAUUCAGGGCAUCUUCUAUGCCAGGUUCUUUCCCAAAGAAGGAACCAAGAUCUACGCGCAAAGUCCCCCAGGAUGCAUAGUUCCCGUUCCAGGUGUCGACAAACCGUGUCUUUUUGACUUCAAUAUCCUCCAGGAAUACAUAAUUCCCAGGAAGUCGUUCUACAACCGCUACAUGACGGUCAACGACCCGGACGGCAAGUAUACCGUCCUCGGCUUCCCGGUCUCGAUCCCGAGCCCCAGGUACGACAGGAACGAGUUCAUCUUCAACUUCGGGCUCGUGGUUGAGUCCGACGUUGACCACAUCCCUUAUGAGCGAGUCGUGCGGCGGCUAGCCGUCACGUUUGCAGAGAUGGAGAAGCAGGACAACUACCUUAGCCAGGACGCGUGCGGCAGCGACGAUGGCGGAGGCGGCGGCGGCGGAGACGGCGACAACGGUGCCGUGUCGGGCUCGCACGGCGGGGAGCGGCUGCGGCGGCCGAUCGAGUCGCUCCUCGAGAUCGUCAAGGAGGACCUGAACAACUACGGCGAGUGUAUGAUCCCCGUCGACGACGCCAACACCAUCAACAUGAAGCUGUUCCCGCACCACCCGACCCCGCCUGACGUCAAGGGCUGGCACGUGCCCGUGGCCAAGAUGCGCCUCGCCGACGUCGUCGACCCGACCUGGGACCUGACCCUGCAGCGCGUCAUCGCCCACAUCGACGGCGUCAGCGACGUCCGCCGCAUCGCCUUCGCCGCCGACGUCUCCCUCGACCUCGCGCGCCUCGCCCUGCGCCACCUGCUCUACUACGACACCGUCCUCCUGCUCGACAUGUUCUUCUUCGGGUCCUGCUACGCGCUCCGCCCGGGCAUCCACGACUUCGUCGCUAACGUCGGCGGCAUCACCGACGAGUGCGCAAACUACGUGUGCAUCGGCCCCGGCUCCGGCAUCGGCCCCGGGUCGGGGCCCCGCGCUCAGCAGCAACAGCAACAACAACAGCGCGUAUCCAACUACCAGCUCGUCAAGCUGAUGACGAGCUUCUGCGUCGGCAAGACCGUGGCCGAGUGGCUCAAGGGCCACAUGGACGCCGGUUUCGACGUGCUGCGAUACGUCGACGUGCGGCGCCUGGUGCAGUUCGGCGUCAUCAAGGGCUGCCUGUACCGCGUGCACAAGCACGUCGUGUCCAAGCAGUACCUCGCCGCGCUGGCCACGGGCCAGGCCAGGCCCAGCGCCGGCGGCGACCCGCUGCAGCGCUACACCGACGGCUGCCACACCUUUGACCAGAUCAUCACCGAGCAGAACCUCACCGACGCCGAGAUCAUGAAGAAGCUCAAGAGUUUCCCGGGCCCGGCGGCGGACCUUACUGUUCUGUAUAGGUAGCUGGGAAGGAUUCUUGGUUGGGAGGAACCUCGGCAGGACGUUACCCAUUGGGUUGAAUUGUUGGACGGGCCCUUUUCUGAGGCCCGAUGAAUUGGGAGGUUUGUCUAUCUCUAAGUGUAACAGCU